GGAUUCUGCCUGCUUGAGCCUCUGCUGCUGCUGCUGCUGCUGCUGCUACUGCUUCUGCUAAAAUAAUAGCCCGGCUGUGCAGAUCUCCCACAAUUCUCCUCUCCUCGGACGCACGGAGGAGCAUAGCGUGAUAGGCUGAGGGGUUAGCACGGAGAGGGGAACUACUGCAGCAGAGGAGCUGAUCACCGCUGUCAGGAAUCCCACCUCCACCACAGCGACGACUCUCAGGCUUGACUGAACCAUGACGACAGAAAGCGGUCCAGAGUCUGCGCCAAAGCAGCAGGAGAAGGAGAAGGAGGAGAAGGAGAAAGCCAAAGGAGCUUCUCAAACCAGCUCACCCCAAAACCAACCCGAGCUCCCGGCUGCCGUGGGACACAGCACCCCGGCCCACAAGGAACAGGAUCAGCCGGAGGAGGACCUCGUCUCCCAUCAGUCCUCUACUAGUCGUCUGUCCCGCUCUCCGCUCCGAGGUGUGAAGAAGGUGAAGAUCAUGCCGUGUAAAGUGACCCUGCUGGACGGGUCAGAGUUCACCGUCAAUAUCGAGAAACGAGCCAAAGGCCAGGUCCUCUUUGACAAAGUGUGUGACCACCUGAACCUGCUGGAGAAGGACUACUUUGGCAUCACGUACAGAGACGUCGAGAACCAGAAGAAUUGGCUAGACCCCUGCAAAGAGCUAAAGAAGCAGAUCAGAACUGGACCCUGGAACUUUGCUUUCAAUGUGAAGUUUUACCCUCCAGAUCCUUCCCAGCUCAGCGAGGACAUCACCAGGUACUACCUGUGCCUUCAGCUGCGUGACGAUGUGGUCUCCGGUCGGCUGCCCUGCUCCUUUGCCACUCACACGGUCCUGGGCUCCUACACGGUCCAGUCUGAGCUCGGAGACUACGACCCCGAGGAGCUGGGCACGGACUACAUCAGUGAACUACGCUUUGCACCAAACCAAACCAAAGAACUGGAGGAGAAGGUCAUGGAGCUUCACAAGACCUACAAGGGCAUGACACCGGCCGAAGCGGAGAUGCACUUCUUGGAAAACGCAAAGAAGCUGUCCAUGUACGGCGUGGACCUGCAUCACGCCAGGGAUUCUGAGGCAGUGGAGAUCAUGCUGGGCGUGUGUGCCAGUGGACUCCUCAUUUACAGAGACAGGCUCAGGAUCAACCGGUUUGCAUGGCCCAAAAUCCUCAAAAUCUCCUACAAGAGGAACAACUUCUACAUCAAAAUCAGGCCGGGAGAGUUUGAGCAGUUUGAAAGCACCAUCGGGUUCAAGCUCCCGAACCAUCGCGCGGCCAAACGUCUCUGGAAAGUCUGUGUUGAACAUCACACAUUCUUCAGACUGGUUUCCCCUGAAGCUCCUCCAAAGAAGUUCCUGAGUUUGGGCUCGAAGUUCCGUUACAGCGGGCGGACUCAGGCUCAGACUCGACGGGCCAGUUCUCAGAUCAUCAGACCUGCUCCUCUGUUUGAACGCUCCACCAGCAAAAGAUACAACAUGUCACGCAGUCUGGACGGAGCUCCCAUCUCAGAGAACCACGAGUCCCUGAUGAAAGAUGGCGGCGCUGGGGUCGUUGCUAAGGGCGACAGCAUCAUCACCACGGUAACGACGGAGAAGGAGGAGGAGCGGUCCGAGCAGGAAGAACAGGUCCCGACCGAGGCCCAGACCACCGAGGCCCAGAGCACAGAGGCAGUGACUGUCAGGCCCGAUACUAAGGCUAAAGACGAGCCGGCUGCAGAGGAGGCGAUGGAGGAACCCAAAGCCACAGAGACAUCACCAGUUGUAGAAGACAAGACCGCCAUCGCAGCAGAGUCAAAACCAGAUCAAGUUGAGUCCACAAGUCCAACGACUGUUGAAAAUGACGUGAGCACCAAAGAGAUGCCUCCCGUGGUCCACACAGAGACGAAAACCAUCACCUAUGAAGCAGCAGAGGCGGAGACGAACGGUGACGCAGACCCCGGAGUGUUGCUAAGCGCCCAGACCAUCACCUCGGAAACCACCAGCACCACGACGACCACUCACAUCACGAAGACGGUGAAAGGAGGAAUAUCAGAGACAAGAAUUGAAAAAAGAAUCGUGAUCACGGGAGAUGCAGACAUCGACCAUGAUGAGGCCCUGGCCCAAGCCAUAAAGGAGGCUAAAGAGCAGCACCCAGACAUGUCAGUGACCAAAGUAGUGGUUCAUAAAGAGACAGAGAUCACGCCAGAGGAAGGGGAGGACUGACACAGGAGUGACCAGAACGCCAUCUUCUGUCCAACUUCUCAACUUCAAACCUCCAAAAAUACAAACCUAACUGUGCAUCGUGCGCCGGGACUAAAGCACGACUUGGCUUUGUAAGAACCGCAGCCCGCGCUAGUCGCCACCAUACACCUGCAAAACCAACAAUAUCACCUUUAGCAUGAAAAGGACAAAACCUGUGCAAAGAAUACUCUCCGAAACUGUACGAUCUGAACAAAAAAGUGGUUUCAAAAAAGUGGAGCCAUCUCUUUUUUGCUUUCACUGCCUUAAUAUGACGUUGAUGCAAUUUUAUGAUUACUGAAAAUAAUAUUAAUUGUAGCUGCAUUUUUAUUUAAGAACAAGCCAUCACUCCAGUUUAAAGCCGCACCGUGUAACUUUUCCGGCGUAGGGGGGUCUGCCGCCUGCUUGUCGCCAUGGGGAUGUUGUUGUUUUUGACUGGGAUGUUCCACAGUAUGGUAUUCGACGUACUUGUUCUCCAUGGAGGCAAGCAGGUUGAGGUGCAGGUCGGAUCUGUGGAGGGGUGGACCGGCUCACUGUACGACUGUCUGUUUUUCAAUGCGUUUUUUUGCAAUAAAAAACACAGACCGUUCUAGUUGCCACGUUCAAAAUAGAAGCUCUAGUGACAAUUUACUUAUUUUAACCCGCUCUACAUGAUCCUGGGGUUUUUAUUUUGCAAAUUUGUCUCUGAAUUAACACAGAAACAUCAAUAACAGACCAAUCCGGUGCCUUCUUUCCCCAAGGUUGCUUCCAACAGGUUUGACUGACAGCGUUGCUAAGCGAAAGGGCGUACCCUCAACACCCUCGCUCCUGAUUGGUUCUUUGAUAGGGUGACCAGAUGUGCCUCUUUACCCAGUACAGACCCAGUUUUGAGCCCUGUGUCCCAGUUUUAUACAAGGAAUGUCCCUAUUUUUGACCAAUUUGUUACCCACCAACUGUAAAGAGGCCAAUAUAUUGUGUUUUUCUUUUAGCUAAAAUACAGAAAAACAUGCCUGAAAAUGAGCAGGCAAAAAAAAAAUUUCCUUCGAUGAAAUACUAGGGGUGUAACGGUAUAUAAAAAUCACGGUUCAGUACUUACUUCGGUUUUGAGGUCAUGCUUCGGUUCAUUUUCGGUACAGUAUGGGAACAAAAUGUAAAACCAUUUGCUUGUUGUUUAUUUGUGUUUUUAUUAAACCAACUGUUUGUUUUAACAUUAUACAAAUGGUACAUUAAAAUAAACGCAAAGUGCUGCUUGGUAAUACUAAUAAGUUAAAUAAAAUAUUCUCAAAUAAGCAACAAAUGUAUGAAAUGUUAUAAAAAAUAAAUUUCUUGUAAACAGUAAACAAAACUUUUCAAAAAGUAAAGAACAGAACAGUUCCAGCUUGACGUUUUAUUCAGUCUUUAUAUUUUUGGCCAGAAAAUCCAACUUGUCCACAUUGUCUGCAGUAAGAGCAGAUCUGCUGCAGUUACAACGUCCCCAGCGGUUGUAAAUACCCUUUCGCUCGGGACAGAGAUCACGUGGUUCAGAGGGACAUAGUCAAGGCGCGGGGCAAUUGUUAUCAAGGCGGCCGCCCUAACUACAAAGCGCUGCGGGAAACACUGCCACCCCAAUCACGGACGAGUUCCCUUGUGAAUAUUAAAGAGCAGAGCCGUCAGUGUAGCUGCACAUGUAGUGGAGGAAUGUAAACACACACAAACUGCGCAAACUCACUCGUGCACAAAACAGCACCAAACCGAACGUCCUGCACCAAAACAGUUCGGCACGAAUACUUGUACCGUUACAUCUCUAGUAAAUACUGACAAGUGUGAGUCGAGUAAGGACAACGUAAAUGCUCUUUCCACAAUUUUACCGACCAUCCCAACCCGGGUGUGUCCCAGUUUUUAAUUUUGAAUAUCUGGUCACCCUACUCUUUGGGUUUGCGCUCAGAUUUCCAAAAUAUGGUCAGAAUAUCCGCCGUAACCGCUCAUUUGGUUUGGCGACGUCACGAUUGUUUUAUGCAGUCUAUGAUAAAAACUCUGCGGGAAAAAUCUGUGUAAUGCCAUACUGCGGAACAUUCCAGGCAAAGCAAUAACAUCCCCAUAGAGACGAGUAUAUACUGCAGACCUUCCGCCCGAAAAGUUACCCGGCGUACCUUUAUAUUUGCUAUAGGCUGUGUGUAUAUGUUACUAUAAGCAUAGACUAUUUAACCUCCGCUGUAGAAAAGUGCCAACCUUUAUUUUGCCAGCGUGCAUUGCCUCACUCCUUUCUGUCCAUAGGGGGCGCUACAACGUACACCAAAAUCACUAUACAGUAUGGUCCUGCAAUGUACAUAUCAGAGCUUAUCUAGCAAACGGCAAAUUAGUCUUGACCUAUUUUGAUUUUGUGGUAUUUUAUAUAUUUUCGGAUCAUUUUAACAUAUCUUAUUUGUUUUCCAUUUUAUUUGUUUUGAAAUUCCCACUAAUGCCAAGGAAUCAAGCUGGAUUUUAAUGUGCCUGUGCAAGAAUAUGUUUCGGAGGUUGUUAAAAAAAAAAAGCGACCUCUGGACAUAUGAGCUUUUAAACUGUGUUCAAAUGCAUCUCUCACCGCCGCCCACACGACCACGUCCCCCACACCACAGCAGCCAACGCAUUGUUUUCAUUUGCUGUUCUUCUCAAAUAAAAUCAUGACCACAAUACUAAAA